AUGGCAAGCCCAAACGAAGUGUCUUUACUUCAAUAUGCUCGCUUUCAUGGCAUAGCUACUGAGCACACAGAUAUUGACCCUCUUCAGCAUAUCGACGGUGUUUGCGAUAUUCCUCCCGAUUUUCUCCAUCCGCUUGGUGACACUUUCUCUGUUAUUGAGCAGACUAUCGCAUCCAGCCAGCAGGUUAUCGAGCAGAACCUACAUCCUGAAAAGCUCGAUAUUAGAAAAGAAAGCGUUCAGUUCCUAUCGUCAGUGCUUCGCGACAUUAAGCGAGACAAUAUCGACGACUGCUGGGAUGAAGUCCUUCCGUUGUGGGAUCGAUUUGAUGAUCUGAAGCUAGAACCUCCUCUCUUCAGCUCUGACAAGGAUACAAAUUUGGUACUUCCAGCUGAGCCGCUUCGAUACUCUCGAGAAGAGAAUCUCCUCGGUUCACAUGAGGGGCUUGCUAGCGACUACGAUAGCAAUUUCUUGAGCCCUUUGAUACAUGAGGCAGAUAUAAUUAAGAAAAGAGUUGGCAAUGAGAAGCUGGAUUGUUCUAAGGACGCAUUGCUUCUUAUUCAAGGUGCACGGCAGGCUGGGAAUCGUCCUCUGGACUUGGAUGACUACUUGCUGUGUCCCCUUGAAGACGUGGUUGGGGAAGGUCGGUUCCAUCUUCAGUCCCCGCCCCUUUUGCCUCUAGAUGACGACUGCUUUUCUUGCGAUAGCCCGCCACUGAGCUCAAGCGACCACUUCCUAUUGAGUCCCGUUCGCCAUGAUUCAGCUGAGGUACCGACCGGCGUCGAUACCGUGUACUAUGAAGGCUGCUCUAGAACCGAGAAUGUCCCAGGGAGUACGAUUUCAAUGCUAGAAAGUGAAUUCGAUAACCAGGUCUUCGAAGGAAUAGACAGGCAACUGUCGCAUGAUCCAUCUCUAAUUCCGUCGUCCCCCAACGAGCGAGGUCCACCUGAUGGAAUGUCCCCUGCGGAUAUGGACAUGACCAAUGAAAAAGGGUUCACAUCCGAUUUUGAGCAAGUCAUCAUGGCUGUGACAAUACCCAGGAGCCCGAGCAGCAUUACUUCGCGAGUGACCUACACUGAGAUUACGGAUAACAUUGCAACAUCUGACUGUUUCCCUAAUGACAACACCAUCGUGAAGGAUCUUCCCUCUCGAAGAAGCUACUCUCCAAUUCCAUCCGCAUGUAGCUCGUCUCGUCAAGAAGCAUACGUACAGGAGUUUCCAGACUGCUCAGCAGAGUCAAUAAUUGGGACUCCAGUACCAGAAUUAUACUUAAUCACUCCAACAAUAGAAGAUGAUCACUCAGUGGCCUCCUGCCUCCCUGAAGCUCUACCCCAGCUUUAUGACAAUAUUAGCCCAGGCAAUCCAUUACUGGUGCGGAAACGAAAGUUGGAUAACACUCAGAAGGAUGAUAACAAGACUGACAGUGCGAAUCACGAAGCCAUGCCGCCCAUUAUGAAGGGAAAAGCACCUUCAAGACAACACCUGACUACGAGCCUUGGCUCCCUAUCACGGUUCAUGGAGACUAGAGGGCAGGCUUCCAUACAAGAAGUAGCCACCCAGAGCCAUUUUUUCCUUAAGGAUAUGCCCACAGAAACGCCUGGAAAGGAGCACGAUUCAUUGCAGCGUGCGAAAACAUCUGAUAACCACUCAACUGACACCCCAGCUCGCAGACAAUCUGAGACUAUCUCCUUCAAUCAGUCAGCCAUCCCAUAUGGUCUGCCUCAAAAACACGAACCCAUAAUACUCUCCAUGUCAACAUCACUUCUCAAAAGCCACUUACGCAUAGUCCAGUGCAUUGAAAGUAUGGAUCCUGCCACAUCUAUCGUCUACAGGGAGUCUAGUGCGAAUAGCUGGAGAUUGGCAUCUGGAAGUCAUAUUCAAUCUAGAAACACCGUUCCAUCAAACUACGACGACGAAGCUGAUAUGAUAAUUGCGCCCAGCACUGGUAUAGUCUUGACAACUUCCCAAGCAACAACACAGCUAUUCCUCCCAGGUCAUAAAUCAACAAUGGCUGGAGACAAUCCCAGCGUCAACUCUCCUCUACGAGAACGCGUAUUCCGUCUUGCGAGAAAGUACGACAAUAUAUAUGUUCUUAUUUCUCAUUGCAGUGGCACGACAUCAAACUUUCCAAAUAAUGAGUUCACCAUCGAUAAGAUCAUGCUUUCAUCUCUGAUCGCCUUUACUGCUUUUUGUAGCUCUAUGUUGAACCUGAAUAUCUACACUGUUGUGCUACCUUCUUCCCCGGAUACCAUUGCAGGCUGGAUCCUUGCUCUUGCUAGUAAAUCUGUGGAUUCACAGGACUGA